GCAAACCCCUCCACCACCAUAAGAGGCCCCAGCAGGAAUCAUCUGGUCUGGAUCAGCAUAAAAAUGAAUGGAUCUGCUUCUGAAAAGCGCCCCCCUGUGGAGUGUAAGAGAAAGAGCCCUGAGAGUGUCCUGAUGGAGAGAGCAGACUCCCCUGUACCUAGCUGUGUUUCCCUGAAGAGUGACAGGUCAAUGGGCCCCCCACUCAACUUCAGAGAGGGACCUUUUCCUACAGAUCAAAGUCUCCUGAUGGAGAGAGCAGACUCCCCUGUACCCAGCUGUGUUUCCCUGAAGAGUGACGCGUCAAUUCAUGAACCACCCUGCUUCAGAGAGGAACUUUUUCCUACAGAUCAAAGAGACCAAAUGGAAGAUUGCAGUUCAGAUCUACAUGAUAAAUCGGGUUUAUCAUCCAUAUUGAAGUCACUAGAGGAAAAAACCAUGAAGUUCCUAAAGGAGGAACUGAAGACGUUUGUGAGGUACCUAGAUCAGAAUUACCCAGAAUGCUCUGAGCCUCAGCUGGAGGAGGACAAUGACCUGGACUGUGAUGGUCAGAUGCAGAAGACCAGUGUUAGAGAGGUAGCUCUGAAGAUCACACUGUACAUCCUGAGGACCAUGAAGCAAAAUGAUCUUGCUGACCUGCUGGACAAGAGACAGCUCAUGCUGCAACAGGAAAUCAAAGGUAAACUUAAGAAGCAAUUUGAGUGUGUAUUUGAAGGGAAAGCUAAGGAAGGACAGCCAACACUUCUCAGUGAGAUUUACACAGAACUCUACAUAACUGAAGGUGGGACUGAAGCAGUCAAUGAUGAACAUGAAGUGAGACAGAUUGAAACAGCAUCCAAGAAAAGUCGAACAGAAGAUACUACAGUCAAGUGCAAAGAUAUAUUUAAGCCCUUAUGUGGGCGUGAGACACCUAUCAGAACUGUACUCACUAAAGGGGUGGCAGGUAUCGGAAAAACAGUCUCUGUGCAGAAAUUUAUUCUCGACUGGGCAGAAGGAAAAGCAAACCAGGAUGUUCACUUCAUAUUUGCUCUUCCUUUCCGGGACUUGAACUUGAUUAAGGGUGAAUACAGUCUGAUUAAACUGCUUCACCGCUUUGUCCCAGAACUGAAAUCAUUUCAAUCCACUGAGCUGUUUAGGUACAAAGUUUUGUUCAUCUUUGAUGGUCUGGAUGAGUGUCGCCUUCCUCUGGAUUUUCAGAACAAUGAGAGCUGGUUUGAUGUAACAAAGAAAAUGUCACUGGAUGUGCUGUUGACUAACCUCAUUAAGGGGAAUCUGCUCCCAUCCGCUCUCCUCUGGAUAACCUCCCGGCCAGCAGCAGCCAAUCAGAUACCUGCUAAGUGUGUCCACCAGGUGACAGAGAUACGAGGGUUCAGUGAUGCCCAGAAGGAGGAGUAUUUCAGGAGGAGAUUCAGUGAUGAGAGCCUGGCCAGCAGGAUUAUCACACAUGUGAAAUCAUCAAAGAGCCUCUUCAUCAUGUGCCACAUACCUGUGUUCUGCUGGAUUUCAGCCACUGUGCUUAAGAGGCUUUUUAGUGAGACUGACAGGGGAGAAAUUCCAAGGACUCUGACUGAAAUGUACACACACUUCCUGAUCUUUCAGACAAGUUUAAAAAAUGACAAGUAUAUGAAAAACCAAGAAACUAAGCUUAAGGAAUACAGUAAGCAAUUCCUUUUAAAACUUGGUAAACUUGCUUUUGACAACCUGGAGAAAGGAAAUCUCAUAUUUUAUAAGCAAGAUCUGACAGGGAAUAGCAUUGAUGUCACUGAAACUUCAGUUUACUCUGGAGUGUGCACAGAAGUCUUUAAAGAGGAGUAUGGGUUGUACCAGGAGAAGGUGUACUGCUUUGUGCAUCUGAGCAUCCAGGAGUAUCUCGCUGCUUUAUAUGUGUUUCUGUCAAACUCAUCAGCUGACCUGCUGAAGACUGCAGUGAAUCAGGCAUUAGAGAGCAAGAAUGGACACUUGGACCUCUACCUCCGCUUCCUCCUGGGCCUCUCAACAGACUCCAGUAAGACUCUGUUACAAAAGCUACUGGGGCCGACAGAAACCAGCUCACAUACCAUUAUGGAAACAGUCCAAUACAUCCAUCCAUCCAUUUGCCAAACCGCUUAUCCGUCAGGGUUGCGGGGAGUCUGGAGCCUAUUCCGGAAGCAAUGGGCACAAGGCAGGGAACAACCCAGGACGGGGGGCCAGUCCAUCACAGUAGCCCAAUACAUCAAGGAGAAAAUACAGGAGAAUUUAACUCCAGAAAGGACCAUCAACCUGUUCCACUGUCUGACUGAACUUGGUGACAAUUCUCUAGUAGAGCAAGUACAAAGAUACCUGAAUUCAGGAAACAUUUCAGCAGAUGACCUCUCACCUGCACAGUACUCAGCUCUGGCCUUUGUGAUGCUGAUGUCAGAUGAGGAGCUGGAUGUGUUUGACCUGAAGAAAUACAUCAGAUCAGAUGAAGAGCACUGCAGGCUGCUGCCUGUGGUCAAGAACUCCAGGACGGCUCUGCUGAACAGCUGUGAUCUCAUAGAUAAACACUGUGAAGUGCUGUCUUCAGCUCUCAGAUCAAACUCCUCACCCCUGAGAGAGCUGGACCUGAGUGACAAUGACCUGCAGGACUCAGGAGUGAAGCUGCUCUCUGCUGGACUGGGGGACUUACACUGUAAACUGGAGAUACUGAGGCUGUCAGGCUGUAGAGUCACAGAAGAAGGCUGUUCUUCCCUGGCUUCAGCUCUGAGGUCAAACCCCUCACACCUGAGAGAGCUGGAUCUGAGCUACAAUCACCCAGGAGAUUCAGGAGUGAAGCUACUCUCUGCUGUACUGGAGGAUCUCAGCUGUAAACUGGAGAAGCUGCAGGUGGGCCGGUGUGAACUCACAGAGAAAUGCUGUGAGGCACUGGCUUCAGCUCUCAGAUCAAACUCCUCACCCCUGAGAGAGCUGGACCUGAGUGACAAUGACCUGCAGGACUCAGGAGUGAAGCUGCUCUCUGCUGGACUGGGGGACUUACACUGCAACCUGGAGAUACUGAGGAACUGCCUACAUGCUCUUGCCACAUGAGGCCGGGCAUUGUCGUGCACCAGGAGGAACCCAGGACCCACCGCACCAGCAUAGGGUCUGACAAUGGGUUCAAGGAUUUGAACCUCCAUGCCCUUGAGAUUGUGCUGGGAGACACAGCAAACCUUCUGGCAAUGGCACGUACUGAUGCGCCAUCCUGGAGGAGUUGGACUACCUGUGCAACCUCUGUAGGGUCCAGGUAUCGCCUCAUGCUACCAGUAGUGACACUGACCGUCGCCAAAUGCAAAACUAGUGAAAACACUGUCAGAAAAGAUGAGGAGGGAAAAAUGCCAGUGGCCCCCACCUGUUAAACCAUUCCUGGUUUGGGGGUCGUCUCAUUGUUGCCCCUCUAGUUCACCUGUUGAUAAUUUCAUUAACACUAAAGCGGCUGAAACUGAUUAACAACCCCCUCCGCUACUUAACUGACCUGAUCAAUAUCCCAGAACUUUAAUAGACUUGAUGCUACACAUAUUAAAAAGUGUUCCUUCAAUUUUUUUGAGCAGUGUAUAUUAAUACAUAGAUGUGAAUGUCCAUACAUACACAGACACACUUUCAUACAUAUCUGUAAUGACUGAAACAUACAAUACAUGAAUCAAACAGUAAUAAUAAUAAUUAAUAAAAAUAACUGCAAAAAAGUAAGGGGGCGGUGGGCGUUGAGGUAGCUUUUAUUCACAAAAUAGUUUGCUGCAAACAUACAUCCAUCCAUCCAUUUUCCAAACCGCUUAUCCUACUGGGUCGCUGGGGGUCCGGAGCCUAUCCCGGAAGCAAUAGGCAAAAGGUAGGGAACAACCCAGCAUGGGGGGCCAACCCAUCGCAGGGCACAUUCACAUACCAGUCGGGCAAUUUAGCAACUCCAAUUAGCCUCAGCAUGUUUUUGGACUGUGGGGAAAACCGGAGUACCCGGAGGAAACCCCACGACGACAUGGGGAGAACAUGCAAACGCCACACACAUGUGACCCAGGUGGAGACUUGAACCCGGGUCCCAGAGGUGUUAGGCAAUAGUGCUAACCACUGCACCACCUUGCCGCCCCCAGCAAACAUACAAACAACCAGAAUUCUAGAAAAGUACUUUAUAUUUGAAUGAAAUAACAAAUAAAACACUUUCAAAUCACAUGAGCCUAUAUUUUAUUCACAACAGAACAUAGAUGAUAUUACAAAUGUUCAAAGGCCGAAGACCUGUAUUGGAUGCCCGUGGUCUUCGGGCCCUCAGACGACUCUACAUCACUCAUCGGCAUGAUUGUGUCAGUGACAUUACUAAAUGGGCCCAGGAAUACUUCCAGAAAGCACAGUCGGUAAACACAAUCCGCCGUGCCAUCUGCAGAUGCCAGCUAAAGCUCUAUCAUGCAAAAAGGAAGCCAUAUCUGAACAUGGUCCAGAAGCGCCGUCGUGUCCUGUGGGCCAAGACUCAUUUGAAAUGGACUGUUUCAAAGAGGGAAAGUGUUCUAUGGUCAGACGAGUCCAAAUGUGACAUUCUUGUUGGUAAUGAAGGGCGCCGUGUCCUCCGGGCUAAAGAGGAGGGAGACCUUCCAGCGUGUUAUCAGCGUUCAGUUCAAAAGCCAGCAUCUCUGAUGGUAUGGGGGUGCAUAAGUGCAUACGGUAUGGGCAGCUUGCAUGUUUUGGAAGGAACUAUGAAUGCUGAAAGUUAUAUAAAGGUUUUAGAGCAACACAUGCUCCCCUCCAGAGGAUGUCUGUUUGAGGGAAGGCCUUGUGUAUUUCAGCAGGACAAUGCAAAACCACAUACUGCAGCUAUUACAAGCACAUGGCUUCGUCGGAGAAGAGCCCGGGUGCUGAAUUGGCCUGUCUGCAGUCCAGAUCUUUCACCUAUAGAGAACAUACAGUAAUUACCUGUGACACCCAUGGUGCACUGUGAGCAGGUAUACAGGCCCACAGAGCAUGCAGAUAAUUAUCUGUGACACCCAUGGUGCACUGUGAGCAGGUAUACAGGCCCACAGAGCAUGCAGAUAAUUAUCUGUGACACCCAUGGUGCACUGUGAGCAGGUAUACAGGCCCACAGAGCAUGCAGAUAAUUAUCUGUGACACCCAUGGUGCACUGUGAGCAGGUAUACAGGCCCACAGAGCAUGCAGAUAAUUAUCUGUGACACUCAUUGUACACUGUGAGGAGGUAUACAGGCCCACAGAGCAUGCAGAUAAUUAUCUGUGACACCCAUGGUGCACUGUGAGCAGGUAUACAGGCCAACAGAGCAUGCAGAUAAUUAUCUGUGACACCCAUGGUGCACUGUGCGCAGGUAUACAGGCCCACAGAGCAUGCAGAUAAUUAUCUGUGACACCCAUGGUGCACUGUGAGCUGGUAUACAGGCCAACAGAGCAUGCAGAUAAUUACCUGUGACACCCAUGGUGCACUGUGAGCAGGUAUACAGGCCAACAGAGCAUGCAGAUAAUUAUCUGUGACACCCAUGGUGCACUGUGAGCAGGUAUACAGGCCAACAGAGCAUGCAGAUAAUUACCUGUGACACCCAUGGUGCACUGUGAGCUGGUAUACAGGCCAACAGAGCAUGCAGAUAAUUACCUGUGACACCCAUGGUGCACUGUGAGCAGGUAUACAGGCCAACAGAGCAUGCAGAUAAUUAUCUGUGACACCCAUGGUGCACUGUGAGCAGGUAUACAGGCCAACAGAGCAUGCAGAUAAUUAUCUGUGACACCCAUGGUGCACUGUGAGCAGGUAUACAGGCCAACAGAGCAUGCAGAUAAUUACCUGUGACACCCAUGGUGCACUGUGAGCAGGUAUACAGGCCAACAGAGCAUGCAGAUAAUUAUCUGUGACACCCAUGGUGCACUGUAAGCAGGUAUACAGGCCAACAGAGCAUGCAGAUAAUUACCUGUGACACCCAUGGUGCACUGUGAGCUGGUAUACAGUCCCACAGAGCAUACAGAUAAUUAUCUGUGACACCCAUGGUGCACUGUGAGCAGGUAUACAGGCCAACAGAGCAUGCAGAUAAUUACCUGUGACACCCAUGGUGCACUGUGAGCAGGUAUACAGGCCAACAGAGCAUGCAGAUAAUUAUCUGUGACACCCAUGGUGCACUGUGAGCAGGUAUACAGGCCAACAGAGCAUGCAGAUAAUUAUCUGUGACACCCAUGGUGCACUGUGAGCAGGUAUACAGGCCAACAGAGCAUGCAGAUAAUUAUCUGUGACACCCAUUGUACACUGUGAGCAGGUAUACAGGCCAACAGAGCAUGCAGAUAAUUACCUGUGACACCCAUGGUGCACUGUGAGCAGGUAUACAGGCCAACAGAGCAUGCAGAUAAUUAUCUGUGACACCCAUGGUGCACUGUGAGCAGGUAUACAGGCCAACAGAGCAUGCAGAUAAUUACCUGUGACACCCAUGGUGCACUGUGAGCAGGUAUACAGGCCAACAGAGCAUGCAGAUAAUUACCUGUGACACCCAUGGUGCACUGUGAGCAGGUAUACAGGCCCACAGAGCAUGAAGAUAAUUAUCUAUGGCACCCAUAGUGCACUGUGAGCAGGUAUACAGGCCAACAGAGCAUGCAGAUAAUUAUCUGUGACACCCAUGGUGCACUGUGAGCAGGUAUACAGGCCAACAGAGCAUGCAGAUAAUUACCUGUGACACCCAUGGUGCACUGUGAGCAGGUAUACAGGCCCACAGAGCAUGCAGAUAAUUAUCUGUGACACCCAUGGUGCACUGUGAGCAGGUAUACAGGCCAACAGAGCAUGCAGAUAAUUAUCUGUGACACCCAUGGUGCACUGUGAGCAGGUAUACAGGCCAACAGAGCAUGCAGAUAAUUAUCUGUGACACCCAUGGUGCACUGUGAGCUGGUAUACAGUCCCACAGAGCAUGCAGAUAAUUAUCUGUGACACCUAUAGUGCACUGUGAACAGGUAUACAGGCCAACAGAGCAUGCAGAUAAUUAUCUGUGACACCCAUGGUGCACUGUGAGCAGGUAUACAGGCCCACAGAGUAUGCAGAUAAUUAUCUGUGACACCCCUUGUACACUGUGAGCAGGUAUCAGUACUGACUACUUUUUAUAUUGAGUCACAUGUUUUAUGUGAAUUACUUUGUACUGAACUGAAGGCCAGUAUUUGUCACUGUGAAUAUGUUGUUGCAGAUGUCCAUCCAGAAAUCAGAGCUGGGGGAAAAGAUAAGGUCCUUAUUCCAAUUAAUUUUUGGUACAAAUAUCAAUGUCUCUGUCGCAGAUUGUGGAUUAUAUAUUCUAGAGGUUUCUUUUUAUUUUUAAGUUGCAGAAUGUUGGCUCAUCUGAGGAGGAUUCAGUGUAUUAUGUGUGAGGUUCGUUUUGGUUUUGAUGCUGGAUUCAGUUAGUAAAUAUUAGAAAAAUUGCUUAUUCUCAACUCGUAUUUAUGGAUUAAGUCUUCGAAUGUCAUGAAAUGACUGUUACUGAAAAGGAGGUGGAGAUGUGUAAUCCCUUUCUGUCCCCGUGAGUGAUAGUGAAUAGUGAUAUUGUGAAGUAGGAAGUCCAGAUUAUUCCAGAUUGGCGUGUAUUUACAGGGUAUGAGAGUACAGUUAGUGAUUUUAAUGGCUUUCCACUGGGCUGUCAGUGCUGUGGAAAUGGCAGCACUGUGUUGUUAAAGCAAUUUUGUUUCUUUAAUGAAAUUUUGAGUAAGUCUGCAUGUCUGAGAUUUUUACAGUACAGCUGCUCCUGCUGUAACCAUGAGCUGCUGUUACUGCUGUAGUGUGACCAUUUAGUUAAGUCUUGCAGUUGAUUUGCUAAGUAAUAAUUAAGAAAAAUGAGCUUGUAAUCCAACUUGAGAUUUACAUUUCUGUAAUGUGGAAUGUUUGAUUUUGAGUUUUUGUUUUUCCAGCAAAAAUGUGACAUUAAUGAGUUUGAAAGAAUUUUUCUGAAUUUAUUCUGGACGAGUAAUUUUAUUUUUAUUGAUUUAAGUGGGAGACUCAUCUAUUGUUUUGAAUAAGGGGGUGUAGUUGAGGGUAACCAAGUCAGACAGCCUGUGGGAGAUGUAGAUACCCAAGUACCGGAUAUUUCCAGUGUGAAAUGGACCAUCCUGAUCGGCUGAAUCCCAGGCAUCUUCAGACAGUGAGAAUAUUAUGGGUUUUUUUCCAGUUUAUUGUGUAGUUUGAUAGAUUUGAAAAGGUAUUAAUAAAAUUAAAAUGUCAUAUUUUGAGGGUUUCAUAAAAACAGCAAGAUAUCAUCUGCAUAGAGAAUAAUUUUGGGUUGACUUAUUAGUAUGAAUUCCAUUUAUUUCACUGUUCUGUCGUAUUGCUGCCACAAUUGUUUCUAUGAAGAUGGCAAACAGUGAAGGAGAGAGUGGGCAUGCAGGCCGUCUUCCCCGUCGGAGUGUGAAUGCAGACUGUCAGGCUGUAGAGUCACAGAAGAAGGCUGUUCUUCCCUGGCUUCAGCUCUGAGGUCAAACCCCUCACACCUGAGAGAGCUGGACCUGAGCUACAAUCACCCAGGAGACUCAGGAGUGAAGCUGCUCUCUGCUGUACUGGAGGAUCCCAGCUGUAAACUGGAGAAGCUGCAUGUGGAUUACGGUGGAGAGUGCAGGACCAGAGCAGGCUUACAGAAAUACUCCUGCCAGCUGACGCUGGACCCCAACACUGCAAACAGAGAAGUAUCUCUGUCAGGGGGGAACAGGAAGGUGACAGGGGGGGCAGAGCAGCUGCCAUAUCCUGAUCAUCCAGAGAGAUUUGACAGAUGGCCCCAAGUUCUGUGCAGAGAGAGUCUGACUGGUCGCUGUUACUGGGAGGCUGAGUGGGAUGGAGUUGCAGUCCUGAUAGGAGUCACUUGUAAAGGGAUCAGGAGGAAAGGAUGGAGUUAUGACUGUGGGCUUGGAUACAGUGACAAGUCAUGGAGUCUGUGGUGUGAUACUGACAGAUACUCUGUCCUGCACAAUAAUAAAGAGACUCUCAUACCCAUAGAGCCCUCAGACUCCCGCAGAGUAGGAGUGUAUCUGGACUGGGGGGCUGGUGCUCUGUCCUUCUACAGAGUCUCCUCUGAUGGACUGACCCCCCUGCACAGAUUCACCUCAUUCACUGAGUCCCUCUAUCCAGGGUUUUGGGUUUAUAGAAACUCCUCAGUGUCACUGUGACGUGUUGCUGGUUCUCCUGCAAAAAGGUAAAAUCUCUGCUUUUUAACCUUUAUUAUCCUUUUUAGUCUGAAAUGUACAGAACUGUGCAAAAGUCUUAGGCAGACAAAGAAAAUGAUGUUUAGAUUAUCCUCGUGUUGGUGUAAAACUAUGAUAUGAUGCCUGUCAAAGUGUGUCAGCUUCGCCAUUUCAGAACCAGUGCAGCCAUGUAUUUUUUGACUUGGCCACUAGCAGACCUCAUACAGCUAGUCAAUCUCUCACUGACUUUUUAAACCAAUAUAUUUAAUUAUUUAACUGAGCUGUUGGUGAAAUUUGACAAAAUCGUGGAACGGCUGAGGUGCCCCUGAGGAGAAGUUUGGGAACUGAAGCGGUGUUCAUCUAGCCAUCCAACUAGAUAUCAGUAACUUUUUAGGAAACAGAAGAAAUUAUUACUAGUUUUUAUUGUGUUAUUCUUAAUUUGCACACGUUCUAAUGUUAAAUUGUGUUUUUUGUUCUAAGCCAAAGUACACUUGCUACCCAUAUAAACAGCUUUAAACAUUUCUUUGGACUGACUAAGACUUUUACACAGAACUGUGUGUUUGACAAAAGAUAAAUGCCUGUGUUCAGUGAGCUGAAUAAACAUGAAAAAUAUUGUUUUUUAUACGUUUUCUCUCUGACUAAAAUGUAAUUAAAUGUAAUCCUGAUUGGGGGGCGGGGCUAUCCCCUUCUCCUGUAUAUGUACAUUUUAUAUAUUAUAUAUUUAUGUCUGUUUACUGUAUUCCCUCCCUGUACAAUGACAAUAAAGGCUUUCUGUUCUGUC